AUGUUAGCGUACGGACUAGUGUUGUUUUAUGGUGUCGCUUCGGUUUCUGCUUCCGGUCUCCAGUCCAUCUUCCCCGAGCUGAAGAGGUACACUUACGAGUUCAAAGGGAACGUCUCAUCAGGAAGUGUGGUCACCGCCAGUUAUUGGACCAUUGGUGGAAGAUUGUCUGUCCUUCUGUACGAUAAUUAUACGAGAGCACGUUUCGAGUUGGAUAAAUUGAAACCGUCUGUAUACAGUAAGAACCGUGGUUUCUCCAGCCAUCAAUCCGUUGAAGCAGCAGCAUAUCUGAUGCAGCCAUGGGAAGUAGAAUACCAGGAAUCCGGUUUCAUCGAUGCGAUAUAUCUAAGCGACGAACCAACUUGGUCGAAGAAUAUGAAGCGAGCGAUUUCUAUCAAUUUUCAACUGAAGAAAGAUACCGGCUCAUAUACUAAUAACGAGCCAUGUCUGUACGCGCUGUGUGUAAUGAUAUACACAGCUAAAGGUAACACCGUCAAGAAAUACAGUUCCUUUCAACGCUCCGCUGGUGGAACCGAACAUACCUGGAGUUCGGUACCUUGGAGUAAUGAAUAUGGACGUGUGCCCGAAAAUAUUGCGACAUCUGAACGUAUUUACGAGCUAGACGAGCACGGCUUGACAAGUCUUCAUAUGAAGGGAGACUUCCGUUAUAAAGUUCAAGACCACAUCCUUAGCGUUUCUUCCGAAUUGUCAUUCUAUCUGGAUGCAGAUUACCCUGGGACGGCUGUGGAAAAGUUAAACGUGACUAGAGAAAGUGUCCAGUACGAAGCCAGCGAUUUUAACGACCCGACAAAUGGAAUACGAUUUUUGAGCCAGACCCACUUGAAGAAUAGGACUUACGAGAUUCUGAUGAAAAUCGCUAAACGAGGGAUAGACGCUGACAAUAUUGUGAGGAACGAAUCGCUUAUACACAGUUUGGAUUUCAUUGAUCUACUGAACACAGUUUCCCAGUUAUCAUACGAAGGUCUGAAGAAGUUGUUCGCAGACUUAGUACUUGGUACGAGCUAUGACUUGGAAACAGCUAGGAAUAUAUUUCUAGAAGUCCUUCCACAUGGUAGAAGUGACGCGUGCGCAAGAUUUAUAAAAUACCUUGUGGUGGAACAGAAGACAAAAAUCGAGGACGCGACUAUACUAUCGUUGAUCAGAAAGCUACCGUUCAACGUGGCGAAUCACAGCCAAGGUCUUCUCGAAGAGCUGGAGACGUUCACCAAGCUUGGUCUGGACUUUCCACCGGACAUCCGUUAUGCUGGAAUCCUGUCGUUUGCUAUCCUCGCUUACAAGACGGCGGAGGCUUCCCAAGUGAAGCAAGACUAUUUUGACAAUAUCGUCGUGAAGUACUUCAGAAUGUAUAGCGAUUGUCCACAAUACCUGGACCGGAUGAUUUGGCUGCAGGGCCUCUGCAGUUUGGGCUUUGCCGCUGAUUCCUACAUCCGUACCAUAUAUAGUGACACAUCCAGGAACAGACACGAACGGCUGUGGGCGUCUCUGGCCUGUGGGCAAGAAUCCAGAGGAUACAUGGCUUUAGAGAUAAGCCUGCCUAUAUUGACAAACGAAACAGAACACAUACAGCUGCGCAUAUCAGCGCUCCACUCGAUCCUCAAAUCGGAUAUACGGGCGACGGAUUUCCUCUUCAUCCACAAUUACAUCAUCAGCUCCGAUGAUGAUCAGUUGAAGAGAUUCUGGUACACGACUGUGAAGAGCUUGGAAGCGAAUCGGUUCUUUGAUGGAUACAGAUCGGCAUCUUACUAUGUACCUUUCGUCGCUAAGCAAGUGGUGAACCCAGAUACAACAUACUGGGCUACAAACAAUUACAUCAUCAUGAACGGCGAUGAAAACGGACCGUCACUGCAGAUGUUCAGUAUUGGUGAAGAGUUCAGCGCGAUGCCGGCGAUGGCUGGGGUAACUUUGAGCUCUGGCGGUCGGCGGCCUUAUCAGACGUCGAUCUACUUGAUAGCUGAAGGUGUUUCGUCUCAUAUAUUUAAAAAUAUGCGAGAUUUUGGUGCGAAAGACCUCAACGUAGAGACCCUAGUUAAGGUGUUGGAGAAGAUGAAGAUCUGGACGCUGAAGAGCCCCCAGGAGGUUCACAUAGACGUCGUGGUCAAGAUUCAAGAUAAGACAGUUUUCGCGACACACGUGAACCAAACUAGAUUUAAUACAUGGAAUGGUUUAGAAAUGGCUAAAUCUAUAAUGGAGUUUCUUCGGUUUGGCAGCCACAUCAACCAGCAAAUGGUGUAUUAUCCCACUCAAAUGGAGAUCAAUAUACCAAGUGAACUAGGUACGCCCGUGCGACUGCAAUCAUUGAGUAUGGGCUUUACAUCAGUGCGGGGGAACCUGACAGCACCAGCAGACCCCACCCUGGACUUGGACUGGGAGAAUGAUCUCCAUAUCAGAUUUCAGGGUACCCAAGUGACGUCUUUAUCCACAUAUGCACCUCUGGUGGAAUCAGAGCAUACAGGCAGAGUCCAACAGUCUGUGGUGGCCCAUCUUCCCAUCAAGUUUAACGUCACUUGUCAAAGUUCAACUAGAUCUAUAGCGUUCACUUGGCUUAAUCCAUUCGCUCAACGUGCCGGCAUUGCACUGCAUUCAAGAGUUCAGAUCACGAUGGACUCACACUUGGAAAGAGACGCCUACACUGUGACUUCAAAGCCUAUUUCCAAAGUUAACGAGCAAGGUAUAUUCUUUGAUUGCGAACAGCAGACGUCGGCCGCUGAGGUGUUGGAAAAGUAUCUGAUGUCAAAGGUUAUAAAUUAUGACACGCCGCAGACCCAAAAAACUUUCGUCGAUACGCUGCACCAACUCACACCGCUGCCCGGAUGCGGCCUGAUCCUCCCCCCCACAAGACAGGAACAGGGCGGGGACGAAGUUAUAAGGGUUAAGUUCAGCUUGGGAAACGUCUCUUUGGAAAGGGUGGACAGGGUGGAAGCUAACUUUGGAAUUGUUUUAAGUUAUUAUAGCCUUGACGAAAAGAAUGUCUUCCUGAAAAUCGACUCUACAACGAAGGUUAGGAGUGCGGGAAGAAACGUGUCCGUUGAAUGGAAUCUGUAUGUUAAACAACCACAAGCAUUUGAUCCCAAGAAAACUCAUUGGAAGCUAUGCUACAAAGAAGACGAUGUUAGCCACGCCCCAUCAGACGAAGACAUAACCACGACCCCGUCAGCCUACGAAGGAGUGGUCAGGAUGACGUACAGAUCUUCGGACAAAUUUGUGAGCUGUUCUACAGACGAGAGCAGCAGCAUAGAAGUACACUACAAAGGUUCUCCUAAGCACGUUCACGGCGGCUUGGAAAGGAAGGUUGAGUACCAGAUUCUUGGGGAAAGGCUUCACGACUUCGACCUCCUACCAAAACUUGGUCUGAUGGGUGGAACACCAGCUGGUCAGAUUCUUGGAAGCCUGGACAAGGAUACCAUCAACUCUACUGCAAUUAUCAAGGAGAAAAAUGGCGUAGCAUCACUCAUCGUAAACCAAGGACCAGAGAUGCAAUUUAAGUCUGACAACAUAGCGUGGCUUCUAGACAGCUUGACAGCAAUGCAGCUGAUGAAGAAGUUCGGUAUUUACAGGGAAUGUAGGCUUCAAGGGUUGACUGUCCAAACGCUUUCUGGUUCUGUAGAUCAGCUGCAGCCGUUGCAGUGCGCUGAAAGCUUGGUAUUAGCUGACUGCUCUGAACUACCGAGCUUCGUAAUUCUUCGGCAAAAAGAUGGCGGCAUUAGGAUGUACGAUAUGGACCACAGUGCAAAUAACUACACCAAAACUAAGUCUCCAUUGCUUCCCAUCAACGACGGCGUACGGGUAGCGUCAGAAGCAACAGGCAUCCUAAUUUAUCGGAAACAUAACGAGACCGUUAUUCUGGUACCGUUCGCAUAUAUGGACACGGUGUGCGGCGAGUGCGUUGGACAAGAGUAUAACAAUUGUUGA